AAGUGUUUGAUCAAAUGCCCAAGAGAACGCUUAUCCAUUCUCUCAUUCCAAAAAAUGGCGAUAGCUCGAGUUCUAUUCAGACAAGCUCUGCUCGUCCACUCCGAUCACCUCUUAGCAAUCCGAUCCACGCAUCAAGCACGAUCUCCAUUCAAAGUUUUCUUCUCGGUCUCAAGCUCUUCUGGUAAUGGCGAUGAUGGUUAUUGUCGUCGGAGCAACAACUAUUUGAAGUUGAGUGAUGAGGAGCUCAUGGCGCAGUGUGAGAUGGACACAUACAAGGCGUCUGGUCCCGGUGGCCAGCACCGGAACAAGCGCGAGUCUGCUGUCCGGCUCAAGCACCUCCCAACCGGCGUCAUCGCUCAGGCUGUCGAGGAUAGAUCACAGCACAAGAAUCGAGCGGCAGCCCUGUCACGCCUUCGCACUCUGUUGGCUCUCAAAGUCAGGAAUGACAUCAACCUGGAUGAAUAUAAACCUCCUCCUGAAAUCCUUCAGAUCCUACCUGCAAAAUCAACAAUCAGGGGCGCAGAUGUUGGUCCACAAAUUGGUCCUAAUAACCCAAAGUUUGCUCUGGGAAUGCAAGCUUUAUUGGAUCUGAUUUUUGGUGUUGAAGGUUCAGUAUCGGAGGCAGCGCAAAGAUUGGGUCUAAGCACUGGUGCUCUUUCAAGGCUGAUACUAUCUGAUGAUUCUCUCCGUAUGGCGGUGAAUCAACUGAGAACUUCCAAGGGCAUGAAACCUCUCAAGUGAGAUUCUUGAAGGUCUUUUGAUGCCAAUGCUUGCAACAAGGUUCGAAGAAACGUUCACUAAUAAUGUUUAUUGAAUGGGAUUCAGCAUCAAACAAGUUCAGUCAUUCUGCAGUUUCUCCAAAACAUCAGGAUUGUUCUGCAGCAAAUGCAACACAACAUAAAGGACUUGAAUUAUAGAAAAUGUCAACAAUUUGGUUAUCCAUAGCAUCAUCAUUCAUAAAGUUUGAAGCUUCACAAAUGGAUUAUGGCCUCACAUGUUGACACUCUGAAAUGUUUGAUUUGAUUUGAGACCAGUGAUGUCCACUACAUCUGUUUUCUGUUAGUUUUGACCACCAAAAGAUGGGAAAAACAGAGAAGUGAUUUGAUUGAUGGAUAAUUGAGAUAUUCUUCUCAUGACACUGAUCUAGUGGUCUCAUAGAGAGUUGCUGUCAAGAUCAAUGGUUUGCUUUAUCACUAAAUCCUGAAGAUGUGGUCUUGUUUCUCUCCUGUUAUCUUUGAGAAAGCUUCUGGUAUUAGAUGCCAUUUCUGUGAACAAACAUCCAAUCAUUCAAGAAUCAAAUAUUGUAAGAGUUUGGCUUUGACUCAUAAGCUAAAAUUUGAUGGAAAGGUGUGGGUGGUUCAUUGUCAAACUUGCAAUUAUUUUAGUCUUUUGAGUGGAUUUUAUUGUUCCUUUUUUGGUUUCUUAAGUCAAAACAUAUUCAUUUUA